AUGGCACAUCCGCAGACGCAGUUCACGCAGACCGAGUUCACCGGGGCGUCACUGCUGCGGGCGCGGCGGACGACGGUGGGGCGGGCAACGGCGAAAGCGCAGCUCAAGCGGAUGAAGGACUCGGGACAGUACGAUGCGUUUAGCUUGAAGAAGAAGCCGACGUAUGAUAAGUCCCGCUGGCCGUGCCCGCCGCCUGUAUACUGGGAUAGCGAUGUUGCUAAGUGGAUCGAGGGCGCGUGUUACCUGCUGAGCGAGGAGUACGACGCUGAGAUCGAUGCGGCGGUGCGGGAGCUUGCGGAUAUGAUACGUAGUGCGCAGCAGCCGGAUGGGUAUUUGAAUACGUGGUUCACGAUAGAAGAGCCGGAUGGCAGGUGGUCGAAUAUUAGGGAUAAGCAUGAGCUGUACUGUGCUGGACACCUAAUAGAAGCGGCGUUGGCGCAUAGCAAUUACUACAAGAACAACCUCCUGAUAGAACCGUUAGAGAAAUACGUCAAGUUGAUCAGCACGGUUAUCGGCCCGGGUCCGGAUCAGAAACAUGCCUAUCCAGGCCAUCCAGAGACGGAGCUCGCGCUCCUGCGUCUCUAUACGGCGACAGGGAACGAAGACGCUUAUAAGCUGGCCCAGUAUUUCGUAGAGGAGCGUGGCAACCCGAAAGGCCAGGAUGGCCUCCACUACUACGAGUGGGAACGACAGCAGCGUGGCGAAAGCCCUUAUCAACGGCCAGACAGUUACUCGAUGCACGAUAGUGGGUGGUAUAACCAAUCUCACGUUCCGAUCCUAGAACAGAAGACUAUCGAGGGCCAUGCCGUCAGGGCCAUGUAUCGCACCGGCGUCUACGGGCGUGACUAUCAGGUUAAGAAUUCCUUCCUGGGCGCGAGGGAAUUUCACGAUCGACGGGUUCAAGCCCCGAUUCAUCUCUCCAACCCCUAUACCAAUCAGAACACGCUUACCCUCGCUCGUGGACCGCUAAUCUACUGCGUGGAGGACGUUGACAAUGCAUGGGAGCAGGACCACUUCCGCAACGUCGGGAUUAAAUCCGACUCUGAAGUCACCGAGAAGGAAGAGGAGAUGAACCAAAUGGGGGAACACUACAUUGCCCUCCGAUCGGUCGGUUGGAUCCGCAAGAUAGAUGAUCGGACCGAGUCGAAGUCCGGCAUCGAACCCGGCUCAUCCCUCCGUCAGACGGUGGUGGCUGAGGAGAAGGAACUUACCUUCAUCCCCUACUAUCUCCGUGCGAACCGUGGUGGCAGGGGUCACAUGAGAGUUGGGCUGCUAAGGGGCUGUUGCUAG